AUGUGGUUUGUUGGUCACAGCCUCCCGCUCUACGCUGAGAAGAAGCUCUCUGACGUUGGCUGUGGCGUGUGUCUGCAGGUCAUGAGCAUCCUGGCUAACCCCGGCAGCGUGUCCUCUCAGCCCCAGCACGACUUCUCCAUGUCGCCCCUCCAAACCACCAUGGACUCCUCCCCCUCCAACAGCAUCUCCACCAGCUGCAGCCAGCGGCCGGCCGAGGCCUCCAUAAAGCCGGUGGACAGUCUCCCCUCCUCGCAGCCGUACUGCCCGCCCACCUACAGCGCCAGCAGCUACGGAGUGGACCCGGCCGUGGCCGCCGCCGGAUACCAGUACAGCCAGUACGGCCAAACUGCUGUGGACUACCUGGCUAAAAACGUCAGCCUGUCCGGCCAGCGCAGGAUGAAGCUGGCUGACCACUCGGCCGUCCUGGGACUGCUGCAGGUGGAGACCGGCCAGGCCUACUAG